GCCGGACGGCUGGGCGCCGAUUGGGCGAGGCGGGGCGGGACGGCCAAUCCGCGGCGAGCGGCGGGCGCGGAGGCCAAUGGCCAGGAGGUGGGGGCGGGGCGGAGGUGACUAGAUCCCGCCUCCUCGCCAGAGCGACCGGACGUAGCGGCUGCAGUGCCUCUGAGCCUGGGGAGUGACCACCCCCAGCCAUGAUGAACGAACAAAUGCAGGAGAUGGAGGAGGUGAGCAAGGAGCUCCUGAAGUUGCUGGCAGCAGGUGGGGCUGGGAAUCUGCUGAAGAGAAGCCUGGACAAACAGGAGAAGAUGUUUGACAAGCUCCUGGAUACGCAGCUGACGGCGGCACAGCUGGUUAAAGAUCUCCUCGCUACGGAGGAGAAGGUGGCUCAGACGCUCCUGGCGGGGGAAGAGGAGAUGCAGAGCAGCUUGCAGAAGGUGCAGGUGAUGGAAGCGGCGCUGCGGAGAGCCAGUGAGGACAACGCCAGCCUGAGGGCUGACAGCAGUGCCUUGCGGAGAGAGCUGGAAGAGCUGAGGGCCGAGCUCGGGCGACUGCAGGACGACAUGGAGGAUGACACUGGCAUGGUCAAUUCUGCAACGUACAUCGCACAGCUUUACUACCAGAUCAGCCGGAUCGACUGGGACUACGAGUGUGAGCAACCGCACAUCAAAGGCAUCCAUCACGGCCCAGCCAUCGCUCAGCCCAUCAGCAUCGACAGCAGCCAGCACUCCAAGUGCUUCGUCAGUGACUACCUGUGGAGCCUGGUGGACACGGCCUGGUGACCCUGCCCAAGCCAGCCUCGGGCGAGCGAGGAAGAGCCGGCUCGUGCCGCGACCAGCGUGAGGAAGGACGGAGCCCAGGCUAAUCACAAAGGGAUUUUUUAUUCAUGUAACAAUCAGCGUUUGAAAUCAUUAAAACCCGUGACUGGUAAGAAGAGA